GUCAUUUUCCACCGUAUUUCAGCCUCAUCGCAACCACAUUUUCUCUCUCUAGAAUCUGCCGGCUUUUGGUUCUCUCGCCGGAGGAAAUGGGCUCCCGGACGGCCUCACACCAGCUCAAAAACGGGCUCUACGUUUCGGGUCGGCCCGAGCAGGUCAAGGAGCGGCAGCCUACCAUGACCUCUCGCGCCGUACCUUACACCGGCGGCGACGUCAAGAAAUCUGGCGAGUUGGGGAAAAUGUACGGCGUGGACUCCUCCAGUGGACACCACCAGGGACUGUACGUCCAGAAACCGCUCUCCCGAGCACCGUCGUCUUCGCAGCAACACAACAAUGCUGCGUCCAGAUCCAGGCCGAACUCCGGUCAGCAAGGGCACAAGUCGAACACCUCCGGCCCGAUCCCUAAGAAAUCGAUGUCAUUCUCUGGUCCGACACCUAUCCAGCCCACUGGACUCAUCACCUCCAAUUCGGGCCCGUUAGAUUCGACUGGCGGCCGCUCCGGCCAUCCCGAGCCGUCAGGGUCUUUCAAUAAGAAGGUCCACUACAGUGGGGCGGUCACUAGACUGGUCAAAGACGUGCAGCCACGUGGCCCAUUGGGGUUUCUAAAGAAGUUUCCUGACGCCGAGCUUAGAAGUGCCAUAGAUGGACAGUUCGUCAAGAUCACCGGGGUUGUCACUUGCGGUAGUAUCCCUCUUGAAACAUCAUUUCGAAGGACAUUAAGAUGUGUGUAUGUUUCCACGGAACUGUAUGAGUACAGAGGUUGGGGAGGAAAGCCCGCCAAUUCAACCCACCGGUUCUUCUCAUGGGGUAAAAGGCAUUCUGAGAAAUUUGUGGCUGACUUUUACAUAUCAGACUUGCAGUCUGGAUUAAGAGCUCUUGUGAAGGCAGGUUAUGGAGCUAAGGUUACUCCCUUUGUCAAACCAUCUAAAGUUAUUGAUGUGACCCAAAGCAACAGAGAGCUGUCUCCUAAUUUCUUGCAGUGGCUUGCUGAUAGAAACCUUUCAAGCGAUGACAGGAUUAUGCGCCUUAAGGAAGGCUACAUCAAGGAAGGGAGCACUGUGAGUGUGAUGGGUGUUGUUAGACGUCAGGCUAAUGUGCUAAUGAUCGUCCCGCCCAGUGAACCGAUUUCAACAGGCUGUCAGUGGGGUCUCUGUCUUCCCCCAAGCAAUAUUGAUGCUCUCAUCUUGGCUUGUGAUGAAAGCCAGAAUUCUGAUGUAAUUCCUGUCUAGAUUGUUCGCAUAAUCAAGCACGAACUCCAUUUGAUUAAUUAAUGGCAGUAUGCCAAACAUGAGUCAAGUGGCCCGAAGACCACAUAAAUUGCCUGAAGAACGUGGAUGUGUUGAGGUUUGAGUAAACUCUUGUAUUAUAAUGCCCCACCCCAAUCCCACUGGAGAGGUAAAAAAAAGUGUUCCUCCAUUUAGAAUGUAAAUUACCCCUGACUGCCCUUUGAGCAACAAUUCAAGUUAAAAUAUAUUCUUUGUAACAUCAAUCUUUCCAUAACUACGCAUGUUUAUUAAAAGUUAUGUUUGAUUAACUACAAUAAAGUUCUUGGGCUCUGUGACUGGGAGACUGGUGACAGCAGUGUGUUUCGAG